GCAAAGCACCAAGCAACCACAGGAGACAGGCAACACAAACAUGCCGAGGCAGAACUCGUGGUCGGGGGCAAAAGGCGGAGGGCAUUCUCGGAAGAACAACGAAGCAGGAAGGUCAGAGGCAGACAGGGUCGGCGACGGAAGGUCAGUCCAGCGAAAAGUGCUGCUUCGCCUUGCAUCGGUGCGUAUCCAGCAAUCUGCCAAUGAGUGGGUCAUCGGAAGAGCCUGAAACGGCAAAGAUGACCUCCACGAACUACCACAGCUUGCACAAGUCGCAGGAGUCCCCCACCCUGCCGGUGUCCACGGCCACGGACAGCAGCUACUACAACAGCCCGCAGCACGGACACUCGUGCGGCGGAUUGCCCUUCGCGGAGCUCGCUUCCUUCCAGUACCACGCCAGCGGGCCCGGCGCGGUGCCGUACAACCCGAAGUCGUACGACAUGCAGGCGGGAUUCAACUCGUCUUAUGGGGCGUACAGCACUUAUGGACCCAACUCAUCGCCCGCUCCUGCCGAGACCGAAAAAGAAGAGAGCGAGCCAGAAAUCCGGAUGGUGAACGGAAAAGCAAAGAAGGUCCGAAAACCUCGAACCAUUUAUUCCAGCUUCCAGCUGGCCGCGCUCCAGAGGAGGUUCCAAAAAACGCAGUAUUUGGCGCUGCCCGAGCGGGCCGAGCUGGCGGCGUCGCUGGGCCUCACGCAGACACAGGUGAAAAUCUGGUUCCAGAACCGGCGCUCCAAGUUUAAGAAGCUUUGGAAAAACGGCGAAAUUCCACCCGAGCAGCACGUCCCCACCGGCGAGUCGCCCCCGUGCGCGUCCCCGCCGAGCGCGUGGGACUUUCCACAGACUCAAGGCAUGAGUGGCUCCACGUUACUUCCAAGCUGCGGCAGUCCGCACAACAGCAGCGGCGGCAGCAGCGCGCCCUCCUCUUCUUCCUCCUCCGCCUCCUCUUCAUCCUCCUCUUCGUUUUUGGCCAACUACUCCUGGUACGCCAACACGAACUCUGUCAGCCACCUGCAGCCCUCACUGCUCCACCACAACCCGGCGAUCACUGCCGGGACGAUAUUCUGAAGGGGGGGGAGAAAGGAGGAAAAAAACGGGACUCUGGUGGUGAAAAAUAUACGCGUUGAUUCAUUUGAUGUGGGUCCUACUUUUACGCGCGGAAGCAUCGCCAAACUGUGGACGUUUGCCACCUUUUGGCACAUACGCGCCCACAUUUUGACGGUUAUUUUUGUAUUUAUUUAUUUUCUUUAUGUCCAGGGAUGAAUGAAUGAAUGGGUCACUAUUAAACUGGACUUUCUUUUUUUGGGGGGGGGGGGGCAAACUCAAAGCUCCCCCGUCAGUGAUGUAGCACAGCUCAACUGUAUCGUGCCUUUUUCUACUUGACCUCAUGAUUAUGUUGUGUGAAAUAAUACAGCUCUGAACAAAAAUGAGAGACUUAAAAAAAAUACAAAAUAAAAUAAAGGACUUUUUGGGGUAUUUUGACCAUUUUUCAUUUUCUACAAAUAAAUGCUUUAAAUAACAAUAUUUGUAUUUGGAAGUUUGAUUUUCAGUCGAAGAAAACAAAAAAAAGCAAACAUGUUCAUUUUCUUCGAACAUAUAGCAACAUUUGCGAAACUGCAAAUUUUUCAGUUGGUCUCUUUUUUUUU